AUGCACGAGAUGAAGUACAUUUUAGUAUCAGGAGGUGUCGUUAGCGGUGUUGGAAAAGGCAUCAUUGCAUCUAGCACUGGCCUACUUCUCAAGACCAUGGGUUUAACCGUGACAAUGAUCAAGAUUGACCCCUAUAUAAACGUCGAUGCAGGCACUAUGGCACCUACCGAACAUGGCGAAGUCUUUGUCCUUGAUGAUGGUGGUGAGGCCGACCUCGACUUGGGGAACUAUGAGCGCUACCUGGGAAUCACGUUAUCUCGGGAGCAUAAUAUCACUACUGGCAAAGUUUAUCAGCAUAUCAUUCAAGCCGAGCGUCGCGGCGAUUAUUUGGGCAAGACCGUUCAGAUCGUUCCUGAUCUUGUUGACGCGAUCGCGAAAUGGAUAGAGCGGGUAGCGCGGGCGCCAGUUGACGAGACAAACCAAACACCGGACGUGUGCGUGAUUGAGCUUGGUGGAACGGCAGGGGAUAUAGAAAAUGCACCCUUUCUGGAAUCUCUGAGACGCUUGCGAGGGAGAGUUGGAGGGAACCAAUGGCUGCACAUGUUGGUGACCUUGGUUCCUGUAAUAAUGAAUGAGGAGCAAAAGACAAAGCCGACGCAAGCGGCUAUGCGCGAUGUGCUUUCUACUGGUCUGAAACCUGAUCUGAUUGCAUGCCGCUGCGAAGUGCCGCUGGCGAAAUCAACUAUAGAAAAAGUUGCUUCGUCAUGCAAUGUGCAGCCAGCUGAAAUCAUCGCUGUUCACAAUGUCCCAUCCACUUAUCUCGUCCCUGCACUGUUGGAAGACCAAGGCCUACUCCGAUCAAUCUCCAAAGUACUCCGUCUUGAUCUCCUGACGAAGCCUCCGAAAUUGAUCGAAUUUGGCUCUGAUAUGUGGAGAGAUUGGAAAGCCUUAACGUCUUCUCGAGAUAUCUCUUCUCGGAGCGUAACAAUCGCUCUGGUCGGUAAAUACACUGGCUUCAUGGACUCUUACAUAUCCGUUCUCAAGUCAUUGGAGCACUCCGUGAUGAAUCGGCAGCACACGCUCAACCUUCUUAUUGUCGACGCCUCGCACUUGGAAGAGGCCACGCUAGCAUCUUCAAAAGCAGACUACGACCAGGCUUGGACCAAAGUUCGCGGAGCAGACGGUAUUCUUGUGCCUGGUGGAUUCGGUGUACGAGGCACCGAAGGGAUGAUCGCAGCUGCCCAAUGGGCCAGAGAAAGCAAAACUCCGUAUCUAGGAAUAUGUUUAGGUAUGCAGAUCGCAGUCAUCGAGUUUGCACGCCACAUGUGCGAUAUACGUCAAGCGGGCUCAAUCGAGCUAUCACCCGAUUGUUCAGAGCCGGUUAUUAUUUUCAUGCCAGAGAUUGACCGAGCGAAUAUGGGUGGAACAAUGAGACUCGGCAGUCGACCAACUGUCUUCCAAGAUGGAAGUGACUGGUCUCAAUUACGGAAAUUGUACGGGGGAAAGAAAGUUAUCUACGAACGCCAUCGUCAUCGGUAUGAAGUGAACCCCGAGUACGUCGAGCGUCUCAGCGCAGCCGGUCUCCAUUUUAUUGGCAAAGAUGAAGAAGAUGUUCGUAUGGAAGUCAUUGAGCUCAAAGAUCAUCCCUGGUAUGUAGGUGUGCAGUACCAUCCGGAGUAUCUGUCGCGAGUUUUGCAGCCUAGCAAGCCGUAUUUGGGUUUUGUUUCGGCAGCGAUCGCAAAACAGGAAAAACCAGGAGGUUUUGGGAAGCUGACCAACGGGAUUUCAAAUGGCAAGCUCGUGCAGGCUGUCGAAAAGGCGUUCGAUCCGCGGCGUACCGACCAAAAGGAUAGCGCUGACGUGAUGAUUGAACCAUACAUUGAAGGACCUGAAGUGGAUGCGAAUGUGGUGUUACUGGAUGGCGAGAUUGUAUUUUUUGAAGUGUCUGAUGACUUUCCCAAGUCAGGUGAUCGUCAAGGAACCGAUUGGAAAGCCAACUUCCAAGAAACGUCCAUGUUACUACCAACAGGUUUGCCCCAAGCCGAGGUAGAUAUCAUCCGCAACUCCGUGCAUCAAACAGUCUUGAGGCAAGGAUUCAGGAACGGAAUUCUGCAUUGUGAAGGCCGUAUGAGAUACUCUAGCAUGAGCUAUACGGUCAAGAAUGGGAUCGAGGAUCUGUACGUCAAUGAGCAGAGCAACUGCCAACAACCGACCUUCUUUCUUCAUGAAGUCAAUGCCCGUCCGCCUGGCUACGCUUGGUCCGUCGCAACGUCGAUGACAUAUGGGGUGGAUUACUAUGCGCUGCAACUUCUCUACGCAGUGGGUGACAUGGAACGUGUCCGCAUUUUUGCUCAACCUUUUAAGGAUGGCCCGCAGUGGUGGCUUGCACUGCUGGCAAUAGGGGCAGACAAGGAAGGCAUCCUAAAAACAGAAGAUCCGGCAAAGGAGUUGAUCGAGAGGGUUGAGGAACUGAGACCGGCAGUUCCGGAUUACAAGUGCUUCUAUCCGAAAGGUAGUAGACUGGACGGGGCACAUGCCAGUAAAUUGGACUUUUUAGCGCUCUUUUCUAUUAUAAGCAAAGAGAGCAGGGAGCAGGCCAUCAGAUUGGCAAACAAGGCUCGGGCUGAGUUUCACUACGAGGUUGAGUAG